CUUAAACACCUCUUUAAGCUUCAGGCCAGCAGGCCUCUGAAUUCUGAAAUCUGAUCGAAUAUGGAGGAAACUGCUCUAAGCCCUUUAAUGGCAUCUUCUUCCCCUCCCACACUUUAUCAGAAAACCAACUUGGUCCCGUUCUACUACAGCCUAGUGGUGAUCGGAUCGGCUGCCGUGGUUCUCGUGGCAUACAACUUAUUCAUCAUGGGAUGCUGUACACAACUGCGUUUCUGGAGAUCAUCGCACCAGAGCCAACCACCCCAAGAAACAAGCCAGACUUUCCAGAACCCUUACUACUACUACUACAAUGGCUUAAUUUCAACAUUCAAGUACCAGAAAGGGGAGAAGGGUGAACCAGCUGCUGCUUCCGACACUGAAUGCUCGGUGUGCUUGUCAGUUUUCGAAGAUGGCGAAGAUGUUCGGCAGCUGUGUCUGUGUAAGCACUUGUUCCAUGCUCCUUGUAUAGAUAUGUGGCUCUACUCUCACUCCAAUUGCCCACUUUGUCGCACCGCCCUCGAGCUGCCGGUUUCUUAUCCCCGGAGAUUAUUGACAGAGGAGUCCCGACAAAGUUCGCCGAAUUCCGCCAGCCCAGUCUGAUUGACUCUUGAGUUCCUUUCUUCUCUUCUUCUUUUGUCCAUCUUGUUCAUGUAUAGUUUCCUUCUGUAAAAUAAUUUAUGGUGUAUGUGGAUCUUUGACGGAGUGAUUAUUAAUUCUUUUCCUUCAUAAGGCAAA